GGGGAAAAAGCAAGAACAUAAUAAAAACCUUUUUGUGUGUGAUAACAGAGAGACCUGAAUACAGAUAGAUAGAUAUAGAUACAGAUAAAUAGAUACAGGAAAGAAGAGAUCACCCAAAUUGUUGAUCAUCUUCUUCUUCCCAAACAGAAGAAAAGGAAAGGAUGUUGUUUCAGGUGGGCGGCGAAGGGAGUCAUCCGACUUUCUUUGAGAUGUCAGCUGCUCAACAACUUCCUUCCAGUCUCCGUGCUGCUCUUACUUACUCCAUCGGUGUAUUAGCUUUAAGAAGACCUUUCCUUCACAAAGUCUUGGAUUACGAAGACGAGUUUUUCGCCGCCCUAACUCUCGUCCUCGAGACCCAUAGUUUACGCACCACUGAUGCUUCGUUUGCAGAGACUUUAUAUGGCUUACGAAGGAGAGCAGUAAAUAUUCAUGUUAAUAAGGAUGACCUUCAUAUGGAGGCAGGAAGUAGAAUUCAAAAUUCUGGACUAAGGAAACGUCAAAAGCUUCUCUCUGUGGUCUUUCUGGUUGUGUUGCCAUAUUUCAAGUCAAAGUUGCAUUCAAUCUAUAAUAAAGAAAGAGAAGCUGCACUUCAAGCUAGUCUUUGGGGAAAUGUUAAUGAAAGGUUUGAUGAAAUUGACAAUAUGGGUGAUGUGGGCAGUUCGUUUGCCUCAACUAGUGGUGUGAAUACAGACUUGUCUGUUAGAACACGAUUCAGGAAGAGAAUGCAUAAGAUUGUAGCUACUUGCUAUCCCUGGCUCCAUGCUGGAAGUGAAGGAUUAGCAUUUGCAUACCAGCUGUUAUACCUCUUGGAUGCUACUGGGUUCUACUCCCCUGGAUUACAUGCACUUGGACUCCAAGUUUGUCGCGCUACAGGACAAGAGCUGAUGGAUACUUCUUCAAGAAUAUCUAAAAUAAGAAGUAAUGAGCGUGAAAGACUACGCGGGCCUCCUUGGUUAAAGGCAGUACAAGGGGCGUUGCUCACUUGUGCUUAUGCACUUCUGGACUAUGCACAAACUGGUCUGAUAGCAGCAGUAUUUGGUUUUAAGAUGAUGGAAUGGUGGUACCAAUCUGCCGAAGAGAGACUGUCUGCUCCAACUGUGUAUCCUCCACCACCUCCCCCUCCCCCACCAAAGGUUGCUAAGGAGGGCAUCCCUCUGCCAUCUGAUCGGACAUUGUGUCCUCUAUGUUCUCAAAAGCGAACAAAUCCAUCAGCAGUUACGGUUUCCGGCUUUGUGUUUUGCUAUGCUUGCAUAUUCAAGUAUGUUUCACAGUAUAACCGCUGCCCAGUUACAUUGGUUCCUGCAAACGUGGACCAUAUUAGGAGGCUCUUUCACGACCUGUAGAAGAAGCAGCUUCAUUGAUAAGAUACAAAAGUGGAACCCAUGUCGGUUUGUAUUAAUGAGUUUCCCAGGCAUAAGUUUAUAUUUAAAGCUGAACUUUGAGAUGCUUCUAUGGCGAUACCGGAUGUUGAAAUAGGAUAUUAUGCGUUCAUUGUUGUAGACUAAUGAUAAAAGCCAACCAAGGCCAUAUGUUGCCUCUCUUUCAUUGUAAAUAAUAUAUACUGUAAUAUUAAUCAUUCAUGAUUUUAGAUUAA